AUGAAAGACGAAACAUGUCAUGGUGGUAAGUUAAGUAAGGACCGGUUAACUGUUUUAACUUGCUCAAAUUGGUCUGGAACUGACAAGCUAAAACUUUUGGUAAUAGGUAAAUUGAAAUCCCCCCGAUGUUUUAAAAAUGUACACACUUUACUGUGUGAUUAUAAAGCUCAAAACCGUGCGUGGAUGACUGGUAGUUUAUUCAUUGAAUGGGUUCAACAGCUCAACUGCGAGUUCGUUAAACAGAAAAGAAAAGUCCUUUUAUUUGUCGAUAAUUGCCCUGCUCAUCCGAAAGAAAUAACCCUUACAAAUAUCAAACUUGUGUUUUUCCCGCCAAAUGCUACGAGCAAGGUUCAGCCUCUUGAUCAAGAUGUGAUCAAAGUUUUAAAACAGAAAUACCAAAGAAAUUAG